AUGGCCACCAGCAAGGAAGGCCUGGCCCGCGUGGACGAGGAAGUCAAUGAGCCGGCCCCAGCCAUUCUGUAUGAUCCAACCCACCUCAGCGCUGCUAUUCAGGCCAUGCGCAACUCGCUCAACAAUUCAGCAGCAGAAUGGAUGACAACGCUGGGCGCAGAGUUUUGUGCCAAACUGGUCAAGCUCGGUCAAGAUAUGAUGGCCCUCGAUGUCGCACGCCGCAACUGCCGUGAUCUUCUCGAGGGCUUGACUAUUGAGACACAUACCUUGCGUCAGGAGCAUCGACAAUCCGUCAUUGCCCUCAAUGAUGAUAUGGACACUGCUCUCGAGGCCGAGCGGGCCAAAACAGCUGCCAUGGUUCAAUCCCUGCACAGCGAACUCGAAGCCCUCAAGCCUCGUCCCGCGCCUCCCUGCUGGUUCCAAACUGACGUCAAUCUCUUCCCUGUCUCCACGAUACGCACAAAGGCCCUGUUUGCUGAAGAAUCGGCCCUUCUUGCUCAAGCAGCCCAAGAGCGGGCCAAGCGCCUUGCCAUGCGCGUCGAAUACGAUCGUGCUGCCGAAACACUCGAUGCGGCUGUUGCCGCUCGAGCCCAGCACAUGAUGUGUGCUGCAGAUGCUCGCGAGCGCCGUCAUCAAUACGAACUUGCCACCUUGACCCUACAAGCCAAGUACCAAGAUCUGGAUAGAAAGAUGAAGGCCGAUGUACAAGCCGCUGAAGCUUUAGAGCAUAAUCUCCGCACCAACGCUGCCUCGCUCUUGUCCGAAAAAGAGCUUCUUGAAGCCGAGCACCAGCGCGCCCAUGCUGCCAUCAUCGAGCGCAUGAAUGACCUUGAGGAUCUUUUGCGCGGUGUGCUACAUCAAGCAGACAUGCUACAGCACGAGCAAGUUCCUCUUUUAGAAGAACGCGAGCAGCUGGACCUAGUCAUUGAAACUCUUGAUUCACAGCUUCAGGCACGUGUUUCCAAGGCCUCUCUUCUUUCUCUUUCUCUUUCUCUUUCUCUUUCUCUUUCUCUUUACUUUGUCGCAUCCUCUCCAACCACCCGCCCUCAUGCCGACGAAUCUCUGCAGGAAGUGCGGAAAGAGCGCGAAGCCACUCGCCAAGAGCAGGACAAAAUGCGCGAGUCCAAAGCCGAAGCGAUCGACAAACACAACAAGAGAAUGACCGAAAUGCAGGAUGCCCAAGCGUUGGCCCGCCAGCGCCAAGCGGAUGCCCAUGCGGAAACCCUGGCUCUAAAGAAAAAGGCCCGAAGCGCGCAGCGCAAGGUGGAGGCCGCUGAAACCGAGUCACAGCGUCGCCAGCGUGUUCUGGAUGGCCUGGCCGAACGUGCCACCGCUGCCGUUGAGGAAAUGUCUGAAAAGGGAGAGAAGGUGAUCAAGUUAAGCAUGCAACUGGUGGAGCUCGAGGGAGCCAACGUGGCCGAGACCGAACAGCACGAAGGUGCUAUGCUUGGCUUUGAGGCCAAAAUCUCGCGGCAUGAACGCGAGUACACCAAGUUACAGCGAGACUUGGCUGAUCUCACACAACAACUGGACGCUGAGCAGCUGGCGAUUGAGGUUCUGCGCAAAGGCCUGGACCAGGGUCGGCAGGAACUCGAAGCCCAGUUGGCACGGCACAAGGCCCGUGGUGUCGAACAAGUGCAACGGAUGGAAGCGCUGCGCGCCUCGCAUGCCACGCGUCGCCAACAUAUCAUUGAGCUGCGCAAGGCCAUUCCUGAUACCAAGGCCGCCGCAACCGAUCUGCAACAGCGACAUGAUCGCCAUGUUCUCAUUGAACAGCAAAAACCCUUUUUAACUCGCACCUGUUGUGUGUGUGUGUGUGUGUGUGUGUGUGUGUGUGUGUGUGUGUGUGUGUGUGUGUGUGUGUGUGUGUGUGUGUGUGUGUGUGUGUGUGUGUGUGUGUGUGUGUGUGUGUGUGUGUGUGUGUGUGUGUGUGUGUGUGUGUGUGUGUGUGUGUGUGUGUGUGUGUGUGUGUGUGUGUGUGUGUGUGAGCCCUUGAAGGAUCUGCGAGGGCAAGUGGAGCACGCGCAGGCUCGUGUGCAAGCGCAGCAGCUCGAGCUGGAUCAAGUGCGUAGCAAAGCGCAGAAGCACACCGACACCCUUUUGGCCUUGGAGCAGCAGAUGCAAACGGCACGCUUGUCGAACGUGGCCGCAGGAGAGGGCUGCUCGCGUCUUCAGCGCGAAUACCAGGCACAACAAGCACACCAAUCCCAUCAACGCGCCCUCAUGGCCCAGCGCCGGCAGCAAGUGGAGGCGCGCCUGGACAAGGUUCAAGGCGCCAACCAAAGUUUAGACGAGGCCGUCACCAACCUCACCAAUGAUAUCGCUGCAUGCCGCGGCACCAUCAUCUGGGCAAACAAUAACCUCUACAACAUUCGCGAGCAUCAAAGGGAAUUGACGGGCACGAGGCGGGAGAGCGAAGCCCCCCAGCGCUCGCGCCGGCGCGGCUCUGUUAAUCUCAUGCUGCAUGAUAUGCCCGAUGCCGACGAAGAGCGCUAUGCGAGCCCCAUCAAUUUGCACCGCGGGGUCAAGCAGGCGACUUCGGAGGCUGAGGCGAUCUUGCAGGAUAUAGCCCACGCGGCUGCAAGCCUAGAAACGGCUGCUGACCGUGCUCACGCACUCGUAACACGCGUUAAUCUGGUGAACGAUGCCAUGCGCGCUGCUCAUAACUUGCCCGCAGCCCCAGCAGCCUCCGAAGGUCGACCUCGGCCAGUGGCGUGCGCGCCCGGCAACACCUCGGCUGCUCUGCGACCAGGUUUGGCUUCACUCAAAGAGUCUCUCCGCAGUCAGCGGCCCGUUAGAGGCAGUACUAAGCAACCCGUUAAACCAUCAAGAUCACCCCCACGAGGUCGACUGGCCCCUGCCCCCGUGCGAGCUUGA